AUGGUUGAGGGAAAUAUAGGCUGUGGAAAGUCAACAUUUUUGCGUUACUUUCAGCAGCUAUCUCCUAAGAAUGAAGUCAUGCACGAGCCACUAUAUUUAUGGAAAGAUGCUAGAGGCUAUGAUCUAUUCGAACUUAUGUAUCACGACCAACGCCGAUGGUCUGUUCCUUUUCAGGCCCAGGUUCUUGUGACAUUACUAGACCGUCAGUCAAAACCCCCAACUAAACCUGUACGUCUACUAGAAAGGUCAAUCCAUAGCAGUUGGUACUGUUUUACAGAAAGUAUGCACAAUAACGGGAGUAUCUCAGAUGCUGAUUAUGAAGAGUUACUCAAAAUUUUCCAAUGGGUAUUGAAGAAUAAGAGUGUACCAGUGGAUUUAAUUGUAUAUUUACGUACAAGUCCAACUGUUUGCUUCGAGCGUUUACGUGCUAGAAACCGUUCUGGUGAAGAAGAUAUUCCUCUUAAAUACCUCGAAGAUUUGCAUGAAUUACAUGAAGCAUGGCUAAUUGAACGCCGUUUUGGUCAGUUACCUGCUCCUAUAUUAGUAUUUGAUUGCAAUGCACCAUUGCCUGAACUUUUAUCACUCUAUCGAUCACAUAGAGAACAAGUUAUGUGCGGUGUUGAGGCGUGA